GAGGAGGAAGAAGAAGAAGAGGAGGAGGAGGAGGAGGGCGAGUCACCGCCCCGCCGCCGCCGUCGCCGCCGCCGCCGCCGCCCCUCUUCCCUGAAGUCUCAGUCUUCAGUCAAAGAAAGCAGCCGGCCGUCGGUUGCAUCCGAAGUUCUGCUCGAAACCGAAUCGCUGCUCGAAGCCGAAGUCAAAGUUCCCACCAUCGUUGGUCCUUUGUAUUUAUCCUGGACCCCCGAGGAGGUGGCUGAAUGGAUCGGCGCUUUGGGUUUUCCUCAGUACAAGAGUGUUUUACUACAAAUUUUAUCUCAGGACGGAAACUCAUACAUGUAAACUGUUCAAAUCUGCCACAGAUUGGGAUUACUGACUUUGACCAUAUGAAGGAAAUUUCAAAGCAUGUACGAGAAUUGCUGAAAAUUGAGGAGCCCCGUUUUGAAAGAAGUAUCUCUCUCCCACCUCGAGAUAACAUUGGGUUGUUCUUAGAACAGAAGUCUCGAACUGGAAAGCGCAGUGAUGCUCUUAGUUAUUCCCAGUUUGUUGAAGAAGCAAGGUUACAAGAAUAUGAACCAAAGCCUCCAACUCCAUCAUAUGAAGAACUACAGCCUUCAACUCCACCAUAUGAAGAACUACAACAAGCCAGUUCAGAACUACAACAAGCCAGUUCAUUUUUCUCAAGAUAAGAGAAAGUAUUUAUUGUUCACAUAUUUCAGAUACUAUGUUGUAACUUUUUCUGCAUUUCUCAGUUUUCACAGGGAACAAAAUUGUAUAUGGAUGCAGUUUAACCAGUAUCCUAAUCCUAAACUUGAUAAAUAGGAUAUCAUGGAGGAGGUGCUUACUGAUGGAUGUAAAACAGAAAAUUUUGCACAUCAGUAAUGCAAAACAAAGUCAUGUGUGAACGCAGAGGAUUGUUCUUACUGGUAUUUAUGAAGAAAUCUUAUCAUUUGUCCUGUGAGGACUAUAAUAAGAAUAUAUGGGGCUUCAUGUUAGGUGCUGUAUAUUAAUGAAUUGAUUUAAAUAUUAAGGAUCAAUUGACAGCAUCCUUACAAAAACACUAAAGUCAGGCAGUGCUGCUUAAAAUGUUCCAGUGCCAUAUAAAAUUAAGAAAUUCUACUGCUGGAAUUUGCUAAUUUAUAAGAUGCGUGAUUUAGAACUUUCACUUCUUUAGAAGUACAUGUAUCAAUUUCACUGCAGGCCCAAUCUUCUUAUUCUAAACUGGGACAAAUGAUCAUAAUGAUAAAAAAUGCAACUAUAUUUAGUUAAGCCUAUUACAUUUUGCUAAUAUUCUUAAGUUUUAAAUAAAUGCAAAGGUGAAGCAACAUGAAAAAUCAAACAAACAAACCUAUAAAUACAGUAUUUAGAACAUAAUUUAUGUCUGAAAAGUAGACUUAUGAAUGCCAAGGGGGUAAGCAUUUCAGAUUUAAAAGAUACAAUAAAACACAAGCUUCAAUUAAAGAGUUUUAUAUGACAGGGUGUAACAUGGUGGAAUUUGUAUACAAAAUGACAGUGAAACACAUUAGUGUAUUCAUGUGAAUGCAACAUUGACAAGUAUGAUAGAAGGGGGGACAUACAGUAUAAACCAUGUGAAUUGUUUUUUUAGAAUUUUCCUUCUAGUUUGCAUUUAUGCCUAAUUUUUCACUGCAAAAAUUUACUUUUCAAUUGGCUUUCAUUAACAUUUACCAUUUGAAUUCCUAUAACACCAUUGUAGACGCUGCUCCCAAAGUUCUUUUGAUGCUAAAAAUGAGAGCAAAAAAAAUCUUUCCACUUCUAACAGCUUGGAUAAUUUAUAAAUCUUCAGAAUCAGUACUAGAUGACUCUUCCAAUUUCUUUGCGGAGAUUUCAUCAAUUUGAAAAAUCAGUGAUUUAGUAGGUUUCAGCAGCACUGCUGAGAGAGGUAUCUUUUUAGUCAUAGAUGUAGUCAAAUUUUCACUUUUUGUGGCCAAUGCUGUUAUCAUGUUAAAGUAACAUGAAGCAAUGAUUUCCUGAAGAGAUGUAUUUGUUUCAAGAAGCUGGCUAAGAGGCGAGUCUUUUAGCUGUACAGUUGUUAAAUCAAACCAGGGAAAGGAACUAGAAGAGAAAAGUCUGUUAUGUAUGGGUCCUGAAGUUAUACGAUAACUGUUUUUUCACUGCAGAGAUAAAGGAAUGGAAAUGGGAGUAUAUUUAAUGAUUUAUUUAAUUUAAUGAUUAUGUGGCCAUAAGUGGGGGAGUAACCAUUGGAACUUCAAAAUGGGUUGUAAUUGCCUUUUACCAGGUAGAUCAUAACUUCAAACAAUUGCUAAGCAAUCAGUCAUAAGUCGAGGACUACCUGUAUACAGAGCCUCUGCGUUAGCCUGAACAUAUUUACAGCACAAAAUGUACAUAAAAUCAUUUUUACAUUCAGGAUUACUCAUAAGAGAAAUGCCUACAAUUUAUGACAAUAUUGUUAUAAAUGCAAAUUUUGUUUUCAGUAGCCUCCACAUGAUGGUUUAACUUUAGAAGCAGCCCAGUCUGAAACAAGACAUGGGACAAAUUAUGAACAAUGCAGGCUGAAUUGUGCAAGGACUCAAAUUGUAUAUAUCCAAGAAAUUGGGUAUUAUGCACUGAUAGGUCUCAAGCUGAGGUACAGGAAGGAAGGAGCCAGUAUGUAUCACGCCAUUCUCUUUUACCAUUGGAAUCCUGAUUUGUUACUGGGGAUUUGAUGGUGGGGGGACUUUGGAUGAGCUUAUGAGGACAGAAACUGACUUUUUAGAAGCGUUAUUCAUAUUAUUUCUCUUAAAAAACUAAACCACUAAAUAUUACUCAUAAAUUCCACAAAUGAUGCAUUGUCAAUUUUUAAAAUGUUGGAUAAAACAUGAUUAAACAGAGCAAUUUUCUACUGGA